GUGGCGUGCUCAGACUCUCAACUACUCUUAACUACCGGAGAAUGUAAAAUUCAAAAGACAUGAGACACAUUUUUUCGAUAUUGUCACCGCAUCUGUCGUAUCAGUGCUGUCAAGUUGCAUCCUGAAGGGAGGGAACUUUAGGAAUGGGAGAAGAGGCUGGUUUCCGGUGCAGGAAGUGCCGUCAGGCACUCCUUACAGGCAGCAACAUUGUUUCAUCACAUGGUGUCCAGUGGUCUGGCCGCGUUAGCUUCACGUGCCCGGUGAACAAGAUCGACACUGUCUGGUACGUGCGAGAGGAGGAGCUGCCAGGCUGGGUGACAGACCAGCUAGACGGGGGGGAGUGGAUCAAGGGAAAGCUGUACUGUCCAAGCUGCAAUGCUCGCCUGGGAACGUUUGACUUUGUGACUGGUGCCAAGUGUGACUGUGGGGAAUUUGUGUUGCCACCGAUCCACAUCUCCAAGAGCCGCAUUGACUGUGACCAGGCGCAGAAAACGGAGACCAUUCUGCAGCAUAUUGUGAAGCCCAUUGUCGAAGACUUUAGCGCCACUAGUGUUGAAACCACAAACGAAACCUGUGCGAGAUGAAAUAUAGUUUUUGUCUCGUUUUGUG